GUUCAAACUGAAUUCGCCCUAGCUCAAUUCGCCUGAAAACAAAGAAAACAAACGGAGAAAACGAAAAAAAUUUAUAAAUUUCAAGUUUUGAUUCAGUCACAUUUGAUUUUAAGGAGAUUAUUUUAGUCCAUAGAGAAUAGAAAUGGUUGAUAAAAAAAAUCUGAAAAACGAAAUCAAUAAGGAGAUGACUAACGUGGGUAGUGAAGCUAAAAACUUUUUAGAUCGUCUCCUCGGCGAUGUAUCAAAGAAAUCUGCUACUAAACAAAUCCUAAUAGGAGCUGGAACAGGCUGGGCCACUGGUUUUCUCACAAUGAAGGUUGGAAAAGUCGUUGCUGUAUCUGUUGGUGGCUCCAUUAUUCUCCUCCAAAUUGCAGCUAAUGAAGGAUACAUUAAAAUUGAUUGGAAUAAACUUACAAGUAAAGCAAACAAAUUGGCCGAUAAAGCUGAGGAAGCUAUUACAGGAGAAGGUCCAUCAUGGGCUGACAAGGCUGAUCGUUUUGUCGACCGAAAACUCAAUCAAGCCGAGGAUUUAUUGAAGAAGAAAGGAAAAUCAGCAAAGAAAUGGUACUCAAACUUCAUUGGUGACGCCAACGGUCCAAAGUUGAAUGAAUUUCACAUUUUCGUUAUUUCAUUUGCUGCCGGUGUCGCAUUAGGUAUUGGAAGUGCUUAAGAUAAGCAAUUAAAUGUCUCGAUUAUUUACUUUAGCCAAGAAUUAGUAUCUACAUAAAUGUUGGGAGACAAACUCAACUUGAACAAUCUCAACAAUUGAAUCUUCUCGUUUUAUCUCAUUUCUUGUACUUAAAACUUUUCUACCUUGAAAGUCUCUUGAAUUUUCAUUUCCAACAGUCAACAGUGAGAAUCCUAGAAGAUUUUCCUUUAAAAUUACGAGUCAGUCAUCCGAUCAACUUUUAUGUAACGACAUUAGAUUUACAUUGGGAAAUUUGUUUGUUAACUUUCCCAUGAAUGUUUGCUUUUCUUUUUCCAGAACCAGCUAAUUCGAAGAUAAAAAUUUUCACUUCAUGCUUUGUUCAGAAAGAAAGAAAAAGAAAAAUACUUAAAAUAAAAUUCAGAUUAAACUUUAUUGAUAUUUAUUUAUUAUCUAUGUGAAGUUCACCAAACUCAAUCCUGUCAAGUUCUUAACGCAAAUCGUGACGCAAUAAAAUCAAACGCGUUGCGAUGACUUCUUU